UCAUUCCCCAGCCCGAGCGGGCUGGCUGGCUAACGAGUGGAGCCGACGGGAGCAGGCGGAGCGCAGCGCAGCCCGGCCGGGGCGGGCAGGGGUGGCCAUGGCACGGGCGCUUCCCCUCUGAGAGCCCGGGCCGCGGGCGGAGCCGCAGAAAUGACGGUGGAGUUCGAGGAGUGUAUUAAGGAUUCGCCCCGAUUCAGGGCAACCAUAGAUGAGGUGGAAACAGAUGUGGUGGAGAUAGAGGCGAAACUGGACAAGCUGGUCAAACUCUGUAGUGGGAUGAUCGAGGCUGGCAAAGUCUACAUCACCACCAACAAACACUUUGUCAGCGGGGUCCGGGACCUGUCCCAGCAGUGCCGCAACGAUGAGGUGGUCUCGGAAUGUCUACAGAAGUUUGGAGAUAGCCUUCAGGAAAUGAUCAACUACCACAUGAUCCUGUUUGACCAGGCCCAGAGGUCAGUGCGGCAGCAACUCCACAAUUUUGUCAAAGAUGACGUUAGGAAAUUCAAAGAAACAAAGAAACAAUUUGACAAGGUCCGAGAGGACAUGGAGAUGUCUCUGGUGAAGAAUGCGCAGGCCCCGCGGCACCGGCCACAUGAGGUUGAGGAGGCCACCGGAGCAUUGACUCUCACCCGUAAAUGCUUCCGCCACUUGGCUCUGGAUUAUGUACUCCAGAUCAACGUCCUUCAGGCCAAGAAGAAGUUUGAGAUAUUAGACGCGAUGCUGUCCUUUAUGCACGCGCAGUAUGCCUUCUUCCAGCAGGGUUACAGCCUCUUACACCAGCUGGACCCCUACAUGAAGAAGCUGGCCGCAGAGCUGGACCAGCUAGUGAUCGACUCCGCGGUGGAGAAGCGGGAGAUGGAGAGGAAACAUGCCCUGAUCCAACAGAAGACUUUGCUGCAGGACUUCUCCUAUGAUGAAUCCAAGGUGGAGUUUGAUGUAGAUGCUCCCAAUGGUGUGGUCAUGGAGGGAUACCUCUUCAAGAGAGCCAGCAAUGCCUUUAAGACAUGGAAUCGGAGAUGGUUCUCCAUCCAGAACAGUCAACUGGUCUACCAGAAGAAGCUUAAGGAUGGGCCGACUGUGGUGGUAGAUGAUCUCCGGCUCUGCACUGUGAAGCCGUGUGAGGACAUGGAGAGGAGGUUUUGCUUCGAGGUGGUCUCUCCUACAAAGAGCUGCAUGCUGCAGGCUGACUCAGAGAAGCUCCGCCAGGCCUGGGUUCAGGCAGUCCAGGCCAGCAUUGCCUCGGCUUACCGGGAAAGCCCCGACAGUUACUACAUAGAGAGACUUGACCGAACGGCAUCCCCAUCCACCAGCAGCAUUGACUCUGCCCCGGACACCAGGGAUAGAAGCAGCAAGGGAGAGGGCAUCCUCCAGCGGGUGCAAAGUGUAGCGGGCAAUGGUCAGUGUUGUGACUGUGGGCAGCCUGACCCCCGCUGGGCCAGCAUCAACCUGGGUAUCCUGCUGUGCAUCGAGUGCUCGGGCAUCCACAGGAGUCUAGGGGUCCACUGCUCCAAGGUCCGGUCCCUUACACUGGACUCUUGGGAGCCAGAACUGCUGAAGCUGAUGUGUGAGCUUGGGAAUAGCACCGUGAACCAGAUCUAUGAGGCUCAGUGUGAGGAACUGGGGCUCCAGAAGCCAACAGCCUCCAGUUCCAGGCAGGACAAGGAGGCUUGGAUCAAAGUCAAAUAUGUAGAGAGAAAGUUCCUGAAGAAACUUCCAGGCUCUGGGGCUGAAGCCAUUGAGACAGCUGGCGGGGGAGAGGCCAAGCCCCGGCGAUGGAGCACGAAGAGAUGUCGACGGCACCAGAGUUCUCCCCGCAUCCCCAGGAUGCGACGCCAGCUUCGGCAGGAGCCUGCCGCCAUCUCCCCUGCAGCGCUGUCAUCAGCCAGCACUUUGGAACGGAAAUUUCGACGUGACUCUCUCUUCUGUCCAGAUGAGCUGGACUCACUCUUCUCCUACUUUGACACAGGAGCAGUUGGGGCAGGACCAAGAAGUCUGAGCAGCGACAGCGGCCUCGGUGGCAGUACAGAUGGGAGCUCGGACAUCCUGGUGUUUGGCUCGGUGGUAGACAGUGUCAUGGAAGAAGAGGGUGAAGAGUCUGAAGGCUCCAGUGCUGAGGGUGACCGUGAGACCUGGGACCCCGAGGACAGCCGAGAACUGCAUCCAGGGCUACUGGCCUACCGGGCCGCUCGAGCCAGAAAUCUGCCCGUCCUGGCGGAGGCCCUGGCCCAUAAUGCCGAGGUGAACUGGGUCAAUGAGGAGGAUGAGAGCAAGACGCCACUGAUCCAGGCAGUGCUGGGGGGUUCCUUGAUCAUCUGUGAAUUCCUUCUCCAAAAUGGGGCUGAUGUGAACCAAAGAGACAUCCGGGGGCGGGCACCCCUACAUCAUGCCACCUACCUGGGUCAUACGGGACAGGUCUGUCUGUUCCUAAAGCGUGGGGCUGACCAGCACGCAUUGGAUGAAGACCAGCAGGACCCACUGGCCAUAGCCGUCCAGGCUGCCAACGCUGAUAUUGUUACUCUGCUUCGGCUGGCUCGGAUGAAUGAGGAGAUGAGGGAAGCUGAGGGACCCCUUGGACAACCAGGUCAAUACCCGGGCAGCAGCCCCACUGAACUCCAGUACCGGAAAUGCAUCCAGGAGUUCAUUAGCCUUACUAUUGAUGAGUGUUAGCACCCUGGUCCCCACCCACCCCCUUCUUUCUUUGUUUUGUCCCUGAGGGGUCAUGGGGAGGGGGGACUUGGGGCCCUGGAAGCCAAGCCCAGAACCUGUGUCUGUCCCUGCCCCAUUUUCUGACAGAUCAGCCAGGGUCUGGGGAGGCCUUGGGGUCCAGCAGAUCGGGGUAAUCACCUCCCAGUCCAUCUGCCGUGGCAGGCAGGGUGGGGAGGACGUAGCUCUCCAAUUGGGAGGCAUGUGGAGCCUGGGAUGAUUCCCCUUCCUGGGUCUAGCCUGAUGGAGCUACCCAGAUCCCAUCUCCUUGGAGUCCCUGGUCCCCCACCCUUACCUUGCAUGUUCCAUGACCAGGUCAGAUGCCAGGCAUCUGUCUUCUUCCUCAAGCCCCUGUCCACUUCCCAGCCUUCCCUUUUAGCCUAGUCCUGUCCUCUCUCCAUAGCCCCUCUCUGCCCCCCUGCUCCAUAUCAUCAGGGCUGGGGAGAGCUUUCUCCACACCAGGGCUACCACAUGGGUCGCCCUGGCCCACACUCUCUCCUUAUAUCCCAGGACCUCCUCCCCCCAGCAUCCCCCAGAUAUCCAGAGCUACUCUUCCCAAUCUAAUACCCACUGAACUCUGUCCUAGCUGAGAGAAGGAGGGGGAGGAAAAGAGUCUCUCUAGAGGAUCCAGACCCAUGUACCUCAGUGAAGCAUUCUUGGGCUCCAAGGCCAACAGAUCCUUUUCUCUUCCCUCCACCCCCCCCAUUCCCCCAAGGCUGAUCUUCAAGGACACUGGUCUAGCAGGAGCCUUACUCAGAGCCUUGUGGCUUCAGGGCCCGUCCAAGUAGGGGUCACUCCCUCCUCAACCCUCCUGGGGCCUGGGCUCCCUCAGCAGUCCCACUCCCUAAGCCUCCCUUCAUCGGUCCUGGGCUAGGCUCAGGAUGCCACCCCCCUUGGCCCCUGAAUGCUGGCGUUCUGGCUGGACGGCGUGGCUGGCCAUGUCCAACCUGUCCCCCAGGAUCCCCUUCUCUCUACUGGUGGGCAGUGGCACUGUCCCUGACGCAGGGCCUGUCAGGGGAACAGAGACUGGACACUGCUGGCCCCCAGACCUUUAAAGGAGAAAUACUGUAUCGGUACCUUACUGAGAGUCAUUGUAUAAAGCAACUUUGUGCACUUUUUCUUACUUCCCACCAUGUUUAUGUUUCUGGUUUGGGCCCUGGAUUUGCUCGGCUGGGUGCUCGGCAACGGGGCUCAGUGGCUGGUUGAGUGUGGGUGCUCAGAGGACCAGUUCAGUGCCCCACCCCCACCCCCCCACAACACAAGGGGAAGAGUCUAUGAGGUUGCUGCCCCAGGUGCUGCUGCCAGACUUUUUUUUUUUAACUGGCCUUCCCUCCCUGCUACCAUAACCCCACCUCCACCCUGCUAGUGCCAUCUUGGUUUUUGACUGGAGAUCCAAGUGUCCAUCUCCCUGCCAUGACUCCUUAUUCCUCAGACAGAGACUAUGGGGCAUGGCCUAGACAGAUGGAUGGCUGGAAGAGUCAUUUUCCCUGGGAAUCUGGCAUGGGGAAAUGUGGGGGGGGGAGGGGUCGGUUCUAAGAGGGAAAGGAGCUGGAGGAACUUAUAGGAUUGCCUGUACCAGGAUGGGGCUGUCCAACCUUUUCAUUACUAGCCUAUAGCUAUGUAGACAGUCCUUUCUGAAUGCUCGCUCCCAGGUUUUCCUUUGCUGAGUUUUUUGGGGGGUUUUUUGAGUGGGGACAGGAUGUGCCCUGACCCACCAACCUUUGACUUGGGUUUUCCUUUGUUUGUGACUGGAAGCCUCUACCUUCUCUCCCCCUCCCCCCAGGGGUCUGGGUCCAGUCCUAUCCCUUUCUUAGUUAGGAGGCCUGAGGGGUUGGGAAAUAGUCCUUGGCCAUUGGACUGCUUCCUUCUUCUCCUGUUCUGGGUUGGGGUAUCAAUGGAGCAUGGAAUGUGCCAAUGGGCCUCACUUUCCUACACUCUCUGGGUCCGGGUUGGAAGGAGAUGGAUGAAAGGGAAUGUGGGCUGGGGAAGGGAUGGCAUUUGAGAGGCCUGGAUUUGGGAAGGUUGGAGACUGUAACACUGUUCAGAGAUUGGAGGGGGGGCAUGCUCACAGAGCCUUCUGCCUGCCUAGAGACAGAAAGGGGCACAGGAUACAAGUACAACUGAGUUAGGUUGGGGUGGGGAGUGGGGGGAGCUGGAAGGGCCCCCUUGGGCCAGGGAGUUCAUAGUUGGGGAGCUUUAAGCUUCUGGUCACUCAGCUCCUCCCCCACUGCUGAGCUGGCCAGGCUGGGUUGGGGUUGGGGAAGGGGUUGUCACUAUGCAAACUGCCACCCAGGGAGAGGGAGGCUCUGUAGGCAGCGCAGGGGCUGGGCUCCCCCAGCUGGCCAGCCCCGUCCCCCCUCUCACUGUAAAUAAGUGCUAAACUGAAUUAACUAUUUCCUUCUGCUUGCUUUCUGUGCACCCUCCCUCCCCUGAGAAUGGAAUGGGGCCUUUGGAUGGCUCUGAGCUUUGUUUGAACCUUUGGAACCAGUUAUCUGGAACUCUGCCUUUCUUUCCUCCUUCCAUGGUCUCCUGAAUCAAACCCUCUUAAUAAAAAUCUCACUCCACUGCCA